UUCAUGCCCCUUUUUGAACCAUCUCCUGUACAUUUUUUCUUAAGAUAAAAAAUUGAAUUUUUAACACCGAUGGGAAAAGGACAGAGUAAGACCCGUACGGUGUCAUUUGACAAUGAGUCCUCGGGUAUAAUUGACAUCAGUGAAGAUGUUGUUUCCCGUCUCAAACGUGAUAUGCAGAAAGAGCGAGAAUUGCAAAAGAAAGAAGCUCGUGAGAUACAGAAACAACAGCCAAUUAUCGCCGCUCCUGUUCAUCAACAAGCACCUACAAUAAUUUAUCAUGGAGCGCCAACAACCACAGCAAUGCAAGUGAGGAAGGAAAAGGAAGCUGAACUAUUUGCUAAUGAUCAGUAUUGGGCAAAUCGUCUUAAGAACCAAGAAUCAGAAUUUCUUAAGAAUAGUAAAAUUAUGGAGCAAGAAUUCAACGACACUUUGAGUGAAGUAAAGAAACGUUUCGCAACACCAUCAAUUGCAAGUCAACUUCCACCAUGUCAGGAUUUAAAAUCAAAGAUCAUUGAAUGUUAUCGAAAGAACCCAACGGAGACUUUGAAAUGUUCAAGUGAAGUUCGUGAGUUUCUUGAUUGCGUGAACAGUGCUCGGAUUAAAGCAGUUGAUGCAAAACAAAAACCGGCACCAUCAGCUUAAGUUCCAUCAUUUAUUUGUGCUCUGAAUGUGUUUAGAAAUUAAUUAAAUUCCUUAUUCUACUUCCUGUAAGUGACUUUCCAUUCAUGGUGAUCAAUUGUCGUUGCUGGUUGAAUCCAAGUCACGCUCACACACGCAAUGUAACGGAAAAAAGAAAAUGUUUUCUGUAAAUAAAAAAUUAAGUCCAAAAGGAACUUCACACACAGUUGAAAUUGGAAUAUAAAAUCAUCAGACUUUUAUUUAAUGAUCGAUGGCGCCACUUUGAACGAGUCUUUCGUAUGAUGGACCGGAGCCAAGUAAAUCCACAAGUUUUUCUCCAAAUUUUCCAUGUUUUGCUUGAAAGGCAAAACUCUUUUUGUCACCAAAUUCAGGAUCAAAAACAUGUUUCGAUUUUAUUUUCUCUUUUGAUGUUCCGAUCGCCACACCUUUCAGAUAACUAAAAACUGCUUUUGCAUGAUCAAUUGUCUUCUGAAUUUUAUUUGGUGGAUCUGGAAUCCUUCUAAUCCCAUAAAUUCUUCCAUUUCUCUCUAUUAAGAAGAACGGCUUAUUUGUUGUUGAUGUUUUCGGA